ACACGAUCGAUCACUUCGUCAGUCUUUCUGCGGGUCGCCCAUUAAUCGCAUCCUUGCCGUUUUUAAUUCAUUAAUUCGUAAUAAAAAAAGUGCAACGACGUUCUCCUCGGGGGCCUAUAAUGCUGACAUCGAAGAUCACCUUCGUGUACCUCCUACUAGUUACCCUCAUAGUUACAGGGAAACAUAAAAAAGCCAAACCGAAGAAAUUUGUUUCACCCUCAACCAAAGGCAUCCAGUGUUAUAACUGUUUAUCGUUCGACCACCCCGGCUGUUGGGAUCCUGAUCAUCCGGAUUAUGCGAAUAUUACUGUUCCAAACAUUGACUGCUACAUUCCAGGGAUGGCAUUCCUUUGUAUUGUUAUAACAUCCGAAUCAGCAAAACUAGUUGAAACGGGCCAAGAGAUUGGUCCGGUGCGAGCGCGCACGUGCGUGCCGGCCAAGGAUUUCUCAAAGAAGUCGGUGUCAUAUUCGAUGUGCAGUAAACUGAGCAAAGAACUAUCAGCGUCGGAGAUAUUCUCGAGGAUAGCGGUGAGUCGGCCGCAGUGUACGCUAUGCAAGAAACACCUAUGCACCGACGCCGUCCAUUGCUAGACUGUUCUGCCUCAUCAACGGAAGUCAUCGCCCAAUUACCAGGUUAAUGUAUAUAACGACUAGUGAAAGACUGCCGCAUGCAUUGUUUGAAAAUAUUUAGAAACAACCCUAUCAGCUUACAACUCAAAAGCAAGGACUGUUAAAUGUUUGGAGUUAACUAGGAUAGGUAUACGUUUUCUUUGCUUUGUACAAAGAUUAUAAGUAAAGUGCGUGUUUGAUACAAAUGUAUAUUUUGUAAAGUUGCGAGCAUGAACAAUCUUAUUAUUGCUGUUAUUCAUAUGAAAAUUUUAAGAUGCAUCACUUGAGGUGCCAUAAAAUGAUUAUAGAAUAAAAAUAUUUUCCUUGAAAACACUAAAAAUGAUUCAAGCUUUUUAAAAGUGUGUCGAUGCUCGUAACUACGGUUUGUUUGUAUAUUUGUUUUCGAAAAUUGGGGCUAAUAAUUGCAGGAGUGGUACAAGAAUUGUAUUUUAUUCAAAGCAAGGCAAUCGAGCACGGGUCAUUUUGUUAUCGCGGUGUUUGAUUUUCUCGCUGCUGUUGUAGUUCGCGUCUUACACAACAUGUUUGAGCAACAAUGUGCAAGUUUCUCACGUCAACUUUUUGUUUUUAAAAUGUUUCAUUGUUUAGUCAAUUUGUGGUAUAGUAAAAGUUAAGGGAUUGCUCUGUUUUUCGAUUAUUGUUAACACUUUGUUUUUGGGUCGUUUUUAGUAAAAAAAAUGGUAAAAAAAAAUCUUUUUUGUUGUUUAUUUUCACGCUUUAUUUUCAUUCACUGUUGUGUCGACGCGAAAGUCAUCUUGUAAUUUAGUUCUCUAAGGUUAUUUAAUAAUAUAAGUAUUACAAAAGUACGUGUGAAAAUAAUGAUUUAAAUAAAGAUGAAUUUUGA